GAAUGGGAAACAGAGGGGUUCUUACCCCAGUUUAGCUCUGUUAUGCCAAAGGACUAUUAAUCCUGAUCAUACACUCCCUGGUAUCGACUCCAUCUCCAUCUCUCGCCCCGUGGGGAUCGCCGGUGACCUCAGGGCAGGGAUGCAAGGAAGAGUUGAGGAACUAGUUGUUGCGAGGCGAGGCGGAGGAAGAGGAGGGUAACUUGCCGGCGUCUUUGCCGUGCAACUCUUGCCAGCAUGCUUCCUCCUGCCCGAGACACGGGGAUUUAAGAAGCUCGAUCAGUGGGGCUGCGGACUGCUGGACCUGUGGGGUGCCUGCCUGAGUCGGCGAGACCCUGCAGGAGGGGGGCCCCGCCAGCCCUUGAGGGAAAGGAGUUCCUGGUCUGCGCAGUCCCUUUGCCGCCGCCGCAGACGCUGGCAACUCGCACCUCCCACCCCGCAAGUUUGGAAGCAGCCCCAAGGGAUGAGAUGACUGCAAAUUUGGGCCUGACCACAACCAAGGCCCUCACUAUCCUGAGAGACCAGCUGUCGGCACUGCUGGAGGGGCAUCAGAAGGAACGAAAGAAGGUGAUCUCAUGGAAAGAAGUGUGGAAGAGCAGUUUCCUGUACCAUGGCAACCGUUGUUCCUGUUUCCAUUGGCCAGGGGCAUCCUUGAUGUUGCUGACUGUGGUGCUCCUGCUGUGUUGUUAUGGGAGCCAGCCGCAAGGAAGUGAAGGUUCUGAGAUUGUGAAUGCCUUGGCGCUGUUCCUUCUGGUCCUCCUUGAUCUCUUUGUGAUUGGCCGGCAAGAGAGGUUGAAGCGCCGUGAGGUUGAGAGGAGGCUCCGGAACAUCAUCAGCAGAAUAAACGAUGUCUUGAAAGAUGGCAAAGAGCAGACCUGGGCAAAUGCCAUGUACCCAGACCUUCACCUGCCCUUUGCCCCAUCUUGGUCCCUCCACUGGGUCUACAGGGAUGGCCAUCUUGUUAAUCUCCCAGUCAGCUUGUUGGUCGAGGGUGAUGUUGUUGCUCUGCGGCCAGGGCAGGAGUCUUUCACUUCUCUCAGGGGGAUUAAGGAUGAUGAGCAUAUUGUCUUGGAGCCAGGAGAUCUGUUCCCCCCCUUUUCUCCUCCACCCUCCCCCAGUGGGGAGAUGAAGAAGGGACCUCAAAAUCCCCAGCUAUAUCGACUGUUUCGUGUCACCAAAACACCAGCAAUUGACAACGUCAGGUCCUGUUUGGACAUGGCCUUGUCACGCCCUGUGACCGCUCUGGAUAAUGAAAGGUUCACAGUACAGUCAGUGAUGCUCAAGUUUGCCGUCCCUAUUGUGCUGGUUGGUUUCCUGGUCACCAAUGCGAUGCGCUUUGUCUUCAUGGCUUCUGGAGUAAUCCCUUGGCAGUACAUGUUUUUCCAGCUGCAGGUUAAUGGCGUACUACCCAUCCUCCCAUUGCUGUUUCCUGUCCUCUGGAUUCUUGCUACUGCCUUUGGGGAAGCCAGAGUCCUGGCCCAGAUGAGCAAGACCUCACCCACUUCCCUGCUGGCUAAGUUCUCAGAGGAUACACUCAGCAGCUACACAGAGAUGGUAUCUUCCCAGGAAAUGAUACGAUGUAUCUGGAGCCACUUCCUGCACGUUCUGAAGGGCAAGUCUCCAACCCUCACCUUUACAUCUAGCUUGCUUCACAGUUUGGGAUCUGUCACAGUGCUUUGCUGUGUGGAUAAGCAAGGAAUUCUGUCCUGGCCUAAUCCCAGUCCAGAGACGGUUUUGUUCUUUAGUGGCAAAGUGGAACCACCUCAUAGCAGCCAUGAGGACCUGACGGACGAACUCUCCACACGCUCCUUCUGCCAUCCAGAAAUGGAUGAAGAGCUCACCCAUUUCCCUCUGCUUCCCUUUUCUUCUUGUGCUGUUUUACAGCCCCAUGAAAGGGAUGCUCUGCUUUCAGGGCCUUUGACAGAGAUGGUCCGCAUCACCAGCGAGCAAGAGAGGGCUGAGUGGUCCACCAGCAACACCCCCAAAUCUUCUGACCCUCACAUUCACAAGAAACCUACUGGCCGCAGCAAGCACCCCUCAGGGUCCAACGUCAGCUUCAGCAAGGACAUUGAGGGAGGAGAGGAUGAGCUGUUGAAGGCAGAGGGAGACAGUGAGGGGCUGGCCUGCGAGGCUGAAGAUUUUGUGUGUGAUUACCACUUGGAGAUGCUCAGCCUCUCUCAAGACCAGCAGAAUCCUUCCUGUAUCCAGUUUGAUGACUCCAACUGGCAGAUGCACUUAACCUCCCUGAAGCCCCUGGGCUUGAAUGUCCUCCUCAAUCUGUGCAACGCCAGUGUGACGGAGCGCCUCUGCCGUUUCUCGGAUCACCUCUGCAACAUCGCCCUGCAGGAGACCCACAGCACUGUCUUGCCCGUGCAUGUGCCCUGGGGGCUCUGUGAGCUUGCCAGGCUUAUAGGCUUUACACCUGGAGCCAAAGAGCUUUUCAAGCAGGAGAACUACUUGGCCCUUUACCGCCUGCCUUCAGAUGAGAUGGUGAAGGAGGUGAUGCUGGGAAAACUCUCGUUUAUUACCAAGAGGAGACCGCCUUUAAGUCACAUGAUCUGCCUUUUUGUUAAAGACACGACUACCAGCACCGAGCAGAUGCUUUCCCACGGGACUGCGGACAUCAUCCUUGAGGCUUGCACAGACUUCUGGGAUGGCUCAGAUAUCUAUCCUCUGUCUGGCUCUGACAGGAAGAAAGUGUUGGAUUUCUACCAACGUGCCUGUCUCUCAGGCUAUUGCUCUGCCUUCUCUUACAAGCCCAUGCACUGUGCCUUGUCCUCCCAGCUCAAUGGCAAGUGCAUAGAGCUGGUGCAGGUCCCCGGACAGAGCGCCAUCUUUACAUCCUGUGAUCUCCCAGGGACGACACCUAUCAAGCAGAAUAGCCAGAGGAACAGCUGGAGUUCUGAUGAAGGGAUUGGGGAAGUGAUGGAGAAGGAGGAUUGUAUCCAGGCUCUGAGUGGCCAGAUCUUCAUGGGAAUGGUCUCCUCUCAGUAUCAAGCCCGAUCAGACAUUGUUCGCCUGAUUGAGGGACUUGUCAAUGCCUGCAUUCGCUUUGUCUACUUCUCCCUGGAAGAUGAGCUGAAGAGUAAGGUCUUUGCUGAGAAGAUGGGUCUUGAGACCGGCUGGAACUGCCACAUAUCCCUGACACCCAACGGAGAUGUGCCUGGUUCUGAAAUCCCUCCUUCCAGCCCCAGUCAUGCCGGCUCCUUGCGCGAUGACCUUAAUCAGGUCUCUCGAGAUGAUGCAGAGGGCCUUCUGCUGAUGGAGGAAGAAGGACACUCGGACCUCAUUAGCUUUCAGCCGACAGACAGCGACAUCCCCAGCUUUCUGGAGGAUUGCAAUAGGGCCAAGCUUCCCCGGGGGAUCCACCAGGUGCGUCCCCACCUGCAGAACAUUGACAACGUGCCUUUGCUCGUUCCUCUGUUUACAGACUGCACCCCAGAAACCAUGUGUGAGAUGAUCAAGAUCAUGCAGGAAUACGGGGAGGUCACCUGCUGCCUGGGCAGCUCUGCCAACCUGCGUAACAACGGCCUUUUCCUCCAGAGCGACAUCAGCAUAGCCCUGGACCCUCUUUAUCCCUCCCGCUGCUCCUGGGAAACGUUUGGUUAUGCCACCAGCACUAACAUGACUCAUAUCUCUGAGGAGCUCACUCCUCUACAGCUCUCUGGCCAGCUGAACAGCCUGUCCUGCUCCUUGUCUAUUUAUCCUGAAGAAACUCUUGGGAUCAUCAGACUUAUAGAGCAGGCCAGGCACGCAACCUAUGGCAUCCGCAAGUGCUUCCUCUUCUUGUUACAGUGUCAGCUGGCUCUGGUCAUCAUCCAGUUCCUCUCUUGCCUGGUGCAGCUGCCCCCCAUUCUCAGCACCACAGACAUUUUGUGGCUUUCUUGCUUCUGCUACCCACUCCUAAGUGUGUCCCUCCUGGGCAAACCUCCUCAUAGUUCCAUCAUGUCUAUGGCCACGGGGAAAAAUCUGACCUCCAUUCCUAAAAAGACUCAGCACUACUUCCUGUUCUGCUUCCUGCUGAAAUUCAGCCUCACCAUCUGUUCCUGCUUGGCUUGCUUUGGCUACAUGCUGCAAGAUUACUGCACACACUUCAACUCGUCUGCCUUCACCGUGAAUGUCACAGGCUGCUCCUCCAUCAUGCUGAGCAGUGAUGCAGCCGCACCCCCUGACUGGUUUGGCUCUUUCUCCAACAUUCUUCUCCUGGCCCAGAAGUUUACAGCUGGAAUGAUUGUCUUACACAUUGUAUUUAUAUCUGUCACCCAUGUCCAUCGCACCAAGCCACUGUGGAAGAAAAGCCCCUUUACAAACUUCUGGUGGACUCUGACCGUAAUUGUUGUGUUGCUUGGUCAGGUCAUCCAGACCUUCUUGGAUCUGACACUCUGGGUUAACCGUGAAUCUCCUGUGACCUACCAAAUGGAUGACAUUCCCAUGGCUUCCUGGCUGCUGGGGUUGCUCUCCCUUAUCCUUGUUGUGAUCAUCAAUGAGGUGGUCAAACUCCAUGAAAUCAGAGUUCGAGUGCGUUACCAGAAGAGGCAGAAGCUGCAGUUUGAAACCAAGCUGGGCAUGAAUUCUCCAUUUUAAUCCCCACCGACAGCACAGCUGCAUGCUCCUUUCUCACAUGGCCUCGUACCACAGGUGGGGAAGAAGAGCGGCCUCCCUUGCUAACCCCUUCGGCAGGAAAGGGUCGAGAAGGACCAGCCGCGUGGGGGGAGAGGGCUUCCGCAGGACCUCUGGUGAAGCUUCCGUAACAGGGCGAUGGCACUGAUAGCACACAGACGGCGGCUCCUCCUUUUAUUUAUUUGAACACCUCUUCCCUUGGCGUUCCUUGGAAUCCAGCAGAUUGGCCUGGAUCCAGGAAUGUGUUGUCUUGCAAGGAAUUCUCAUUUUGAUCUUGGUUCCCCAGCCUUUCCUAAUCGGACUUUUCGACGGUCACCCUCCUUGCCUUGUUGACUUCCCUGUCAACGGUUGCCUCCAUUCGUGUGUGGUAAUGUUUCUUGUCUCUGGCGGCUUUGGGGGAUUCAGCCACCCCCACACCACACCACCCCCAGGAGGCUGCAAUUCCCUGUAACCAAGGCUGCUUCUCUUAAAUUGGCACCGAUAGGAGUGCCCUCUUCUGGAAGGGGAGCAAGGUUGCAGUCGGUCUGGGAGAAGUGCUUGAAGAAUUGCACGCUAGAGUGAUGGGGGUGAUUCUGCAGCUAGGAUCCCCAGCUGAAGAUUGCUGGCAUGCCAAGUGUGUGAUCAGUCAGGCCCCUUAUAGGAAAGCAGCACUUCUGUGGCUGUAUCAACACACUCCAUUUGCCGCCAGGCGACUUCACUACUAAAAGGGCUGAAUUUGUGUCUUGCUUUUUCUCUCUCACUCACUUUCACAUCUGCACAGCCACUCCCCAUUUGAUAAAUACUGUGAAUGGCCAGGGAAUAGGAGAUGAUGAUGAUACAUGCACUGAAAUGCACAUGGAGGACAAACUGCCCGGUGAAGCAGGUUUGGGCCAGAUCUCUCUCUGAAAUGACUUCUCUGUUUUCUUCCAUGAAGGGUGCCUCAGCAGACAGCCCGCUUCUUGGGUGUUGUUCUCAGUGGGAAAAUGCAGGUGGGAUUGGCCACAUCUUUUCCUGCCUGGCAUCCACAAACUGGACCUGAAACUUGGAUGGCCCAGUAGGUCGAGACCCUCCGUUGCCUCUGGGGCAUGUUUGGGACCUCACCUCUGUUUGGUCAGGUUGAGAACCCAGAAAUACACCAUCCUGAGGUUUGUUCCCUUAAAUACUUAAAAGACAGUUCAGGGUGAGGUGAGAAUUUGUCCAAUGGGGUGGAGGAGUCUACUUAAAAUCUUUCUGAAUCCUUCCACUUCUUUAUCUGCUGUUUUUAGGGAUGUUCCUUGGGCAGGAAGGAAAUCAGAACUACUACCUCUGCCGGUUGCCGGCCUCUCUUUUCCACCUUGUCGUGUUUUGGGGCCAUAUAAGGAGCAGCCUUUUCUUCAGCAGGAUGUUGCUACUUUCUCUCCCCUCUCCCCAAUAAAACACUUUGAUAUUGGGAGAUGCACUAAACAAGGAAAAGUUGUUCAGAGCAAGUAUUUUGGGAUACUGUGAAGAAGUGGCCUUGAUUAUUCAUGGCUCCUGGAUAGGGCCAUCAUGCUCUGGGUUUUGUCUUCGCCAGCUUCCAUUGGGGCUUCCCAGAUGUCUUGGGCUGCAGGCAUCAUCCUCCCUGGACACUUACUGUGCUGGCUGGCUUGGGGGGGGGAGGGCUGGCUUAGGCAGUCCAAUUCAACUUCUUUAAGUCAAAACAUUGGCCCAUCACAGCAGCUUGUUUCCAAAUUUGUUGAAUACUCUUUUUAUUUCUGAAGCAACUGGAGAGCAAAUUCAUGGGCCCUGGCCGUGGCUCAAGUGAAGGCACCCUCCAUGGAAGUGAGGAGUCCUUUUGUCUGUCCACACAGGUAAUGACCCCUGACUAACAUCACCGGGUCUUAUUCUGUCUGAUACUUGAACAAAGAGCCUUUAAGAGGUUCGUAGUACGUUGCCAAGGAAUGUUUCUUAAAGUCUUCUACCCACAUCAGUGUUCUCAAAACAUGUGGUGUAUAAGUCAGCUCAAGUCAGUUUUGGCCACGGUUUUCAACAGCCUGUUCUCAUACUUUAAAACAGGUUGUCUGCAGAUCUUAAAUGUAACUUUUCUCUUUCCAACGUUAGUGUUUCCAGUACACAGUUACAUGCUUGUGGUCUUCACGUUAGGUUUUGUACAAACCCCUUGGGGCAGUUUGUGGUAUCACACAAGUGACAGUUUUUUUCCUAUGGUCAGAAUUGUUGUUGUCUUCAGUUGGCUAGGGUUGGCCUAGCCCACAACCCAGUUUGCAUCUCAGGCUAAGGUUGGGCUGCGUCAGAGGCAUUUCUCUGCGUUUGGAAGCUGGAUGGAUUUGCUUUGGAAAACAGGCAUGAUUUGCCUUAAUUCUCAAGGCCGCCUUUCAGCAAUUGUCUCUCCUCUUCCCCAUUACUGAAAUACCUGUUUUGUCACAGGAAUGUCCUUAGAUUUGUGAUCCAAGGGGGAAAAACUUGAGUGAGGCAGUGGCCUUGCUCAAAUGGGCACUGUUGUUUAGUUAAUUGGCUUGGAAUGGUUGAUCACUCUAAAAUGAUUUUCCUCUCUGCACUUUGAUAAGACAGUUUUCCCUCUGGAACCGUACUCGGUCAAGACUCAAAACCUAAGCAAAUGAGCCAUUUUGAAGGGCAGCCUCGUGAAAGGCCUUUGCUGCCCUGUCUGCUUUCUUGGCCAGCCAGGGCUUUAAGGGAAAACAAAACAAAAUGUGGAGCAUGGCUUUAGGAAUGAAUUCAGUCCACCAACCUGUUUUUAAAUGAUGUAUAUUUUAUAUUUAAAACGUUUUUGGGGAUGUAUGUAAAAAAAUAGAUUUGUAUUAAAACUUGUAAAUUGUAUAAAAAGAAACAAAGAGCACCUAAUAUGAAUGGCAAUAAAUGAUUGUCUUUGAUACACUA